AUGUUAAAAAUCUCUAUCCAUAUCGAUGAUUUUAGUCCUCAGAGACCACAAAAAGAACAUUACCGUAAUAGUAGAUCAUAUCAUAAUGGUAAAAGUAGAAGUUGGAAGAAAACUAGAGCUACAGAAAAGAGACAUGAUCUUUAUUCCUAUAAAUACAAUGUAAGUCAAACUACUACUACUUCUUCUUCUUCUAUCUUCUAUUUCUUUUCUACUUCUAUAGCUAUCAUUCUUUAUUUUAGAUCUUUAAAAGAAAUAGGAAUUAUAUCAGUUAAUGAUAUCUCAUUAUUAAACUUGUUUUAUUGUCUUAUUCACAAAUUUGAUAUAUUGGACCCAGGUGAUACCUAUUCCGAUCUUUUCUUACCAAAAGCCCCAAUUGGUUUGCAUCUUUUCUACACACUCUAUCCAUCUGACCAAAAAUCCAAACAUUAA